CACCCACACCCACACCCACACCCACACCCACACCCACACCCACACCCACACCCACACCCACACCCACACCGCCUCCCGCGGGCGGCGGCAACAAAGGCCCUUCCCCGCCCCCGCCGCCGCCUCCCGCCGCCGCUGCAGCCGCCGCCGCCGCCGCCGCCGCCGCCGCCGCCAGCCGUCCUUGCGGCAGGAUGAUGCCCGGGGAGGUGCCGCCGCCGGCGCCCCGGGGGGUGCGGAGCCUCGCGGUGCUGCUGCUGGUGGUGCUGGGCGCCCGCGCCGCGCUGGCUCAGCGCUGGCGCAACGAGAACUACGAGAGGCCUGUGGACUUGGAGGGCUCUGGGGACGAUGACCCCUUUGGGGAUGAUGAACUGGACGAUGUCUACUCGGGCUCUGGCUCGGGGUAUUUUGAGCAGGAGUCGGGGCUCGAGACGGCGGUGAGCCUCACCACAGACACGUCCAUCACGCUCGCCACCACGGCAGCCGUGCUGCCCGUCACCUCAGUGCAGCCUGUGGCAACCCCCUUUGAACCAUUCCCCGCUGAGGACACCACCCCUGGGCAGACAACCAGCAUCUUGUAUAUCCCCAGGAUGACAGAGGCACCAGUGAUCCCCAGUUGGAAAGCAACCACCGCCAGUACCACUGCCAGUGACUCCCCUACCACCACCACCACCACCACCACCACCACGGCCGCCGCCACCACCACCACCACCACUGCAGCCACAACUACCACCAGCACCACCAUGGCCACUGCCAAGCCCACCACCAUCCGGAGGUUCCUGCCCCCCUUCGUCACGAAGGCAGCCACCACCCGGGCCACCACCCUAGAGACACCCACCACUUCCAUCCUCGAAACCAGCACACCAACAGAAGUGGUCACGUCACGGCUUGUCCCCACCAGCACAGCCAAGCCCAGGUCCCUGCCAAAACCAAGCACCUCCAGGACUGCAGACCUCACAGAAAAAAGCACUGCCUUGCCAUCCAGUCCUUCCACGCUGCCACCCACAGAAGCCCCCCAGAUGGAGCCAGGGGAGGUGACGACAGUCCUCGACAACGAGCUGGAGGUCCCGGUCAGCAGCGGCCCCAGUGGGGACUUUGAGAUCCGGGAGGAGGAAGAGACGACUCGUCCCGAGCUCAGUAACGAGGUGAUGGCUGUGGUGACACCGCCAUCGGGACCUGGGCUGGGCAAGAACGCGGAGCCGGGACUGAUCGACAACACGAUAGACUCUGGUAACUCAGCCGCUCAGCUCCCCCAGAAAAACAUCCUGGAGAGGAAAGAAGUGUUGAUAGCGGUGAUCGUCGGUGGCGUGGUGGGAGCCCUCUUCGCUGCCUUCCUGGUCAUGCUGCUCAUCUACCGGAUGAAGAAGAAGGACGAGGGCAGUUACACGCUGGAGGAGCCCAAGCAAGCCAAUGUGACAUACCAGAAGCCCGACAAGCAGGAGGAGUUUUACGCAUAGAAGGAGAGCCUGGCGUGCCUCAUGCUCCCUCCCUCCCCGCUCCAAACUCUCCCUCCUCCUCUACUUCAUCCAGUCUCUCUCUCCCUCUCUCUCUCUCUCUCUCUCUCUCUUUCUCUCUCUUUUUUGGAUCAGACUGUGAAUUUAAAAAGCAAAACCCGCAACAGCUGAAGGAGAAAACACAUCUUCGGCAUGAUGAAAAAUCAAGUGCCCAGAGCAUCACCAAGUUCAGACCGAGUACCGCUGGCCUUUCUGCAGCGGGAGGGAUGGGCCCAAGAGCCAACGCCAAGGACCCUGUGCUCAGGGAGCACCCUGGCGAGCGUGGGACAGGGAGGUCAGGCUGCCAGCAGCAGCUGGAGGUCACUGGGCUUUUCCCACCAACACAACGGACUCUGGGAUCCAGACACCUUCUACCGGCCCUGGGGCGCAGGGGGGUUGGUUUGGAUUUAAUCUUUCUUUUUUUAUUAUUAUUUUUUUUUUUCCCCUAUGGAAAGAGGGAGGUUUCUUUCCCUCUCUCAUUUUUAUUUUUUAUUUUCUUUUUGAAUGGGGUUGCUUGCUUUGCAGGAAUUACCUUGCUCCCUGCUUCUGUUUGAAGAGAGGACGCAACUCUCAAAUACGCUUCGAACCUUGAAAAAAGCACAAGGGGCUGGAAUACCUGGUGCCCCGGGGUUUGCUCUUGGAGUGGGGAAAAAACAAACAAACAAACAAACAUGGCCAGUAUGCUGGAAAUAAUCUCUUCAGAUCAACUCUUCAGAGAGUUUGUGGAGCAGCAAAAAGCUGCACUGGGGUAUCUCAUCCUGCUCCCCUCCUGCCACCACCUCACUUCACCGCAUCGCUGUGCACAGCCAGAGACCUUAAAUCUAUAGAACCCAUGUGUCGCCAGCCGCUGAGGGGUUCGGCUGAGAAGGGACCUUGCUUUUGCUGGGUUUUCACUGUGAGCAAUAAAACUCAGCUUGCGCAGUACGACUGACAGCACUGGUUUUAAAACGGAGCGGGACGUUGCUUGGUGGGGAGUUGGCAGGGAGAGGAGUUGGAAAUGGAGAAGAUAAAUCAUCUCCCCAGUUCCUCCGGAGGGGAUAGCAGAGCUCUACAAGGUGUGAGAUGCAGCAUAAGAGAAGAAAUGCAAAGCAGAGGCAAUGCUCUGUCCCCUCAGGGGUCGGGGAGGGGUCCCCAUGGGGCCAGAUUGGCUUUCCACCAGUCAUCCCCAGGACAAAUUGGCUGCUACCUAUCUUUUGCAAGACCCUGGAUUGAUGGUUUGCGUUUGUUUCUUUUGUUGUUGCUUAAAUUUCAGUAUAACCCCCCCAGGCACCCAGGAGCCUGAGAGCAAUAGCUCCUGGAAGCCAUCAUCACCCAAGGGCAGUGGUUUCCCCUCUAAGGCUACCUAAAGUGCAGAGCAGUGGGGCCUGAUCCAGAGCCCAACUGUGCCUUCUAGAAAGGCUAGAUUUUUUUUGGCGCGAGCUCUCUGCACAGAAAAGUCAAUUAGAUAUUUCAAUGAGUUGGCUUUUAAUUAGCUGAAGCGCUGUUUGCAACGCAGUCAAUGAGCUUUGGUUUUAUGAUGGUUGAGAUCUCAAUGGUGUUCCAUGGACACCUUGGCUUUGCUCUUAGAGCAAUUUAAACAGGAAAAUGGAAAAAAAAAAAAAAAAAAAAAAGGUUACUUUGACUUGGUUGCAUCAUGAAUUAACCUGCACAGAUACAGUGACACUUUGUCCCCUCAGGGUGUUAGUGGAUAUAGGGAUUUAUGACCCUGGUGGAGGCUACAAGACAGCAGUGCUUCUUUAUGUUAGGAAUUUGAGAGGCCAAAUGUGUAUUUUAUAUAUAUAUAUAUAUAUAUAUAUAUAUAUAUAUAUAUAUUUAUAUAUAUAUAUAUGUGUGUGUGUGUGAAAUGAAAUCCCUGUAAAUUUUCACUGCACUGCAGAUGAUGGCUGGAUGGGACUUUGUGGUUGUGAAGAUGGGAGGUUUGGGCUACACUCCCUUGGGGUGCGCAGUGCAGGGACUGCGACCCAAAAUGCCAACCUGCUUUUACUUCAGGGUAGGGAGCAGAGCCCCUGUGCCCCAAAAUCCCAAUUUUAGAGAUGUCAGCCUCAAAGAUCAUCCUUGUUUUGGUUCUUUUGCUUGGAGAAGAUAGUCCUGUUGAAUGUCUUGGAUGAUGAUGCUGAAAGGCAGACAGUGUAGUGUGUGUGUAUGUACCCAGUUCUUGGGUCCAUCCCUGCUCUGGAGGAUGAGGAUGCUUUGAAGGGGGGACCACAUGUCCGAAGAAGGCUGGUGCCAACCUGGCUCUAAGAGCCACUUUCUCUGACCUGCUCAAAGGGGAGUUUCAACUCAUGGGUUUUAUGGUUUGGGGUUUUUUUGGUCCUGUUGAAACUACACAAAGGCCCUAGCUGUUGGGGAGUGGCAGAAAUCAAGCCUCUUCUUCAUGAUUUAAUGAGUUAGGCACCACAAGUAUCAAGGCCACCCAAAAUCACCAUCUUUUGGAAAAACACGGACCUAAUCUUUUGAGUUUGCAUUAAAAAAAACCCUCCCAACUUAAUCUUUUUAAAUUCUGCUUUUCUUAGCUGCUUCCCUAAUCUUCUUCAUUCCAUUUUUUUUCCCAUUUAAUAGCCUGAAGUUCUAUAAUACAAUUUUUUUAUUCACUCAAGCUUAACCUCAGUUCGCUCAGCUGGUGUUAAGUUGUAAUCCCGGCACUUAAAUCUGUUACAGUUUCAGAAGUAAGGAAGGCUGGAAGUGGGAGGGUGAGAGGAGGCUGGGCAGCACUUUCUCUUGCAGUAAUUAAAAUUACAAGAUGAUCACAUGCAAAAAAAAAGGUGAAGGCAAUUAAACUAAUAAUCAGAAUUGACCAAAGUCUUGAUUCAUUGUAAAUCUGCUGCUUCCACAUGUUUGCUGUAUUGUGCUCUGCUUGGAGAGGGGAUGUGAGCUCAAGGAGACUGUCUUUUGGGCUUGGAGCCUACCCUCUUCUUGUGCUAAAUCAUGACAGAGCCUUUCCUGUCACCUCAGCUCCCCAGGAGCACCAGGUUAGUUGUUGGAGUUGAUGCUUGGAAGAAAAGCCGCCUUGUCUUGCUGGGGGAUGGCUGAGCUUGUGCCUCCCUUGUAGGGUACGGGAUGGUGGGAUGGAGCUGAAGGUGGGAUGUGCUUUUUUGGGAAAGCCCAGUUCCCCCCAAAACUGCAAAUACCACCAGCUCUCUAUUACCAGAGCAGUGGGGAUGGGUAAAACUCCAGUGAAACUCUGAUGAAAGAUGCUGCCAGGGUCCGUAUGGGGGUUGUGGUGGCGGUGGGCUGCAGCGUGGCCAUCGCUGAGGUUGUGCCUGGCCCCACGGGAAUGCAGGGCCUGCUGCUCCCUCCCACAGGCGCUUUGCACGGGCAUGCGAGUCUCACCGCGCUCUGGGGCCUUUGAGGGAUUCCUGGUGAGAAGACGGAUGGGGAAGAGUUGACAUAGCACAGGGGGGAGGAAUGAAAGCAUCUUUUCUCAGCUGUUGAUUUGGCCACAGAGCAAGUUUUUAGGAAAAUUAACUCCUCCCGCAUCAUCCCCUCCCAAAGCCUGACAGAUUUGACAUCAUCCCCCUCUCCAUAAAUUCAGCUCCUUCCACAGCCUGUGCGUAUCCCUUGUAGUGAUAUCAUCCAUGAAUGGCUGCAGUCUCCCAGCUGGGGCAGUGCCCAGAUGUGCUCAUCCUUCCAGCUGUUCAGCCCUUUCCCACUUCUUUUCUGCAUGCUUGUGUGUGUGUGAUACACCGGAGCUGAUGGAAGACUCUUUGCUAUGCUAGUUUUGUAAUUUUAGAAGAGCUGAAAUUGCAAGGUGUGGAAGAUGGCAUCGGCUCCUCUCCCAGCUGUGUUGCUUUUCAGUCUCUCUCAGUGCUGUGAUCUGGAGGAAAAUGAUAAAGUAAUCAGUGACUCCUGGGCCACAUAAACAAGGAAGAGGCAGGAGUGGGUCCCAGGGAAGGAAGGACCAGAAAACGUGCGUGAGGGCCCAAAAUGAGGGGCUGGAAGCAGGAGGAUGGGAAGGGCAAGGGAUGGAGGUGGCUCUGGCAGGACGUAGCCUCAGGCAGGUUUUGUAGGGUUGGGAGUGAGCUGCCACUUUCCUCCAAAAAUCUCAUUGAUUUUGGACCUUUCAAAAAUAAGCAGCAGGAUCCUGUGCCGGGGGGGAUCCCACUGCAGGGAAGGUGAUGGUGCUGGGCUGGAUGUGUGCUGUGGCGUGGUGGUUUGGCUCUAAAUUUCCCAUUCCCUCCCAGUUUUGCCUGGUGGGUGCCUAAGAUCCCUGGGAGGGAGCUGCUUUGCUCCAUGGAAGCCUUGACCCCUGCUCCCCAGACUCAUAAUUCAGAGCUAUCCAACCCCUGCCAUGAGUCACCAGCACAGAGGCUUUAAUAGGAACAAAACCAUUAGCUUAAAACAAGAAUGGAUUUUUUAAAUUAUUUUUUGCCCGUUCCAACCACCCAUUUUAUGAUUAUAAGCAUUUCUGGGCUUGGAGGUUUUCUCUGAGGCUCCUUAAGUGACAUUGAGUUUUCAACACUAAAAGGUUUAUUAGAAUAACUGGCAUCUCACCGGGCGGCUCGCCAGCUGCUCGGCCGGGCUGGAGCCUGCGGCGCCAGGGAUGGGUGUGUCGUGCGUGUAUGUAUGUAUAUAUAUGUGUAUGUAAUUAAUAUAUAUGUAUAUAUGUAUAUACGUGUGUGAGCAAAGCGCACACGCGUGCACAGGUUCAGUGUAAACUCUGCACCUAAUGAAGAGGGGGGGGGGGUUUAUCAGCCAGCAUCGUGUGCUGGGCUCUGCACCCUUCAGGCCCUGAGCUCUGCCGUGGGCUGCAGGAUUUGGCCCCGCGCUGCCGGCUCCCUCCUGCCCUCCCGCUCCUGGCAUAGCAAGGGCCUGAUCCUGGCCGCCUCGGCGCUGGGCCGGGUCUGCCAGGGUUGGGGAUAAGGAGCCUUUUGCCGACGGCCACAUUCCCAGCUGGAGCAGAGCCCGGGAUUCUGGCCAGGCAGCCAAAGCCCCGCCGAGGCUCCGUGUUUGCUCUGGUUUGUCCCACGUACCUUGUGCCUGCAGCUCCGCAGACACAGCCACACCCGGCCUCUAUAGAGAAGUCAGUCUGGAGUGUACAAACUCUUUUUCCUUUUUUUUUUUUUUUUUUAAUUUUUUUUUUUUUAACUAUUAUUUUUGGGGAAAAAAAGUCACCCUAGGAGACACCCAUGUGAUGCCCAGGUGUUUUGUUUUUCAACCCACGUUCCAGACAGCUCAUCCACCGCAUCUCCAAAGACCUCAAGGGUACCAGUGACUUUAUGUGCAUAAACUACCCCUGUUCUGGGUCCCCCUGGUCUAAGUCAUAAAAGUACAGCUGACAAUCAAACCUGACAGAACUGCUGACUUCAGAAAAAUAUAUAUCCAUUGCAGUUUGAUAGAACUACUUUUUAAAAUCACAUGCUUAUCUCUCACUAACACUCAUCACCAUGUCUCCAGGAUAAAUUGCCACCCAUUGGUUCUUCUGUAAAUAAACAUAAAACAUUCUUGUAUAAAUUAAAGAAAAAAAAAAAAGAAAAACAAACAAAAAAACUUCAUUGAUAUACGUCCAAAAAAUAUCCCUUUCCAGAAGAUUUAAAUAAUUCAAAGAAAAAGAAAAGCCCAACAAGUGAGCCCCACUUCACUUUUUCUUUGGAGCUGAUUUAAAUUCCCAAUAGGAAAAUGAAAAAUCUUUAACAAUAGAAGAAACUACAAGUGUUUUACCUUUCAGUGAAUAUGGGAGGGAAAAAAAAUGCAUGUAAAUAUUUUUAAUAGGAAACAUAUCUUAAACAGAACUUUUUUUUGUAUGUACAUAACUCUUCUAGAGUUUAGUACUUAAAUUGCUUCAUAGUGUCUGUUAAAAAAACACAAAUAAAAUAAAAUAAAAUGUUUGUUAAUUGUUUUUGUUCUUACUCAAUGGCCAAAACUUUAAAAAUAAUAAAAAAGACUAUAAAAAUAAUCUUUGCCAAUGGAUCUAGCACUGUAAUGGUACUGUCUAUUUUUUUUAAUUAUUUCUGUGCUGUGCCCAUUUAUAAAAGGAGAAAAAAAAAAAUAAAGUCAUUUAAACAUU